UUAUGGUUAGGCAUAAGGUUAGCAGUGUGGUUAAGGUCUGAGGUUAACAUGCACAGGAGCUCUUAUACGUUUUGUUCUGAGAUAAUCAGUCAAUUAACAUGACCUUUAUGAAUUAUGAAGCCUUUAUGUUCUUGUUUUGAGUACAUAAAUACUUCAACAUUGACAAAAAGUGACGGCUGAUGAAGAUUAUCUCAUAGAACAAAACGUAUAUGAGCUCCUAAACCUGUGUUGAACACAGACCGUCGGCGUUUAUAAAACAUCCAUAUGCUUUGGCCAACAAGACAUGGCAGUUAGCCUCGGUUAGUGGCUAUAAAAAGACGCCGUUCUCUUUAACGCCACUCCGUUCUAGCCAGGACAUGGAUAUAUUGAAGUUAUGAACAUUUCUCACGAGCCUUGGCUUGGGCAAUUCAUCCUGCUUCAUUGGAGAAGUUAAUUUAUAGGAUGUCACCUCUACUGACACUCGCCGUGGGACUAUUUUUCUGUCUGCCUCUGCUGGAGUUUGGGGCAGGGGCGCGACUUUCUCUCAGUGGCACAAUGAAAACACCAUGGAAUAUGACAGACAGGAUAUCAAAUGGUAGCCGACAAGAGGGAUCGACAUCUGAACAUUUAGAUGAGGCUUUUGAAGAGCAGGUCUUCUACUUGCAGCGUCUGUUCCAUCAGUAUGGAGACAAUGGGACCCUGACCUAUAAGGGCCUGCAGAAGUUACUGGGCAGCCUGGGACUAGGGCAGGUCAGUGUGUUGGAGAUCAGCCACCGAGGGUCGAGGCACAACCAUAACACUCUGACACAACCUCACCCUCCUCAAACACAAUCUCAUGACCAUGACGAUCAGGAAACCGACACCCCCAGUCCCAGUAGGCCUAUUCAACCACCCCCCUCUGCAAACGCAGCCAGAACCCCACAGCCUGGGAUAUCGGGGUCUGCUGGAUCUAGGUAUAAAGAGGGCACCACAUUAUCCUCUGAUCAUGGGAUUAAGGAAGAGGUCCUUCCGUGGUCAUCCCCUAUUGCACACUCUAUUCCUGUCCAAGGAAUGUUUAACUCCCUCGUGUCAAAUCACCCCACUCAGAGGCAUCUUCACGGGAACUGUCUGAAUGUUACUCAGCUCUUGUGGAAUUUCGGUCUGGGAAAGGCACCCCACAUUACUCCUGCCCACUUCACCCUCCUGUGCCCAGCCCUACUGUACCAGAUUGAAAGUGGUGUUUGUCUACGCCACCCAGAGACUGAUGGGGCGGAGUCAGAAAGGAGUGUGACUUUCCUCAAAGCUUUGGGAUGGAGCUCCUUAGCUCUGGCUGUGAUCAGCCUGCCGUCUCUGCUGUCUUUGAGCCUGGUUCCCCUUCUGCCCCCUGCCCGCCUACGCUCCUUCCUCUGUCCAAUGACAGCCUUGGCUGUGGGGACGCUGUGUGGAGAUGCCCUGCUGCAUCUCCUGCCUCACACUAAGACUGGGCCACUCUCAAGCCACUCUGAAGAACAGGACUCCAUACUGAAGGGCCUUUGUGUGCUGGGAGGGUGCUACCUCCUCUUCAUCUUCGAGAGCCUUCUAGGACUGAGGACCCAUUAUAAGAAAGUUAAGAGGAAGCGGAAGCAGCAGAACACCACACUAAAUCCUGACCCAGAGAGGGAGCUUACUGCUCUGCAGAGCCCCACUGUUCUUGAGCAGACACAUUCCACUGAGCAGCAUAGUCAUGGUCAUUCACACAGCCCGCCUGGCCAGGAGCAGGUUGGGAUGGGAAGCUUGGUGUGGAUGGUGGUUAUGGGAGAUGGGGUACACAACCUUACUGAUGGACUGGCCAUUGGUGCUGCAUUCUCUCAGAGUCUGGCUGGAGGUCUCAGCACCACCAUAGCUGUGUUCUGCCAUGAGCUUCCUCACGAGCUAGGUGACCUGGCAGUGCUGAUGGGAGCAGGGUGGCCUGUUCGUAGACUCGUUAUCUUCAGUGCUGUAUCAGCCCUACUGGGUUUUGUAGGCUUGCUAAUUGGCUCUGUCCUGGGCCACCAGUCAGCCCACAUUUCCCCCUGGAUCCUCACCCUCACCGCUGGGGUCUUCCUCUAUGUCGCCCUCGCUGACAUGUUGCCUGAGAUGCUUCAUGGUGAUCCUGGCCCGAUGGGACCCUGGACUCGCUUCCUGCUACAGAACCUAGGCUUGUUGGCAGGGGGUGCAAUCAUGCUGUGUAUCGCUCUGUUUGAGGACCAUAUUGCCUUCAACCUGGGUGAUGUCUAAUUCAAUGAAGAGUAUGAGUGGAUCAGACUCUAAACCACUGGAUUGGUUACUCUUUCAACUGAAGUGCAAUUGGCCAAUACCAAAUGACUUCUUAUCAGAGUAGACUUUGGUCCAGGAGGUCAUUUGCAUUACUAAAGGCCUGAAAAACAUGAUUUAAGAUGACAUCAAGUACCAGCUUCGCUUUAAAGCACUCUGGAUGCGUUUACACCGGCAGCCCAAUUCUGAUCUUUUGCCCAAUUAUUGGGUAAAACGCAUCCUCUAAGACACAAGUGACUUACAGUAUUGAGUGGAUACAUUUCUUGUCCCACGUGAGAAUCGAACCCACAAUCCUGACGUUGCAAGCGCCAUGCUCUACCAACUGAACCACACAGUUUGAUGGUUAGUGUGGAAAUCAGCCUUGCAGGACCAGAUGACCAAGAGAAUAACCCUACACUGAUUUUGCUUGCUUAAAUAUUUUAUGAACCUGAGGAUUUUUUUUCCUUCCUAAAAUGUACUGUGCAACUUGUUUUCUAUAUGAACAUUGAUUCAUUUCAAUGCGAGUCUUAAUCCUAUUUCAGAAUGAUUUGCAGUGGUUGAACCACACAGGCCAGAAUAGAAGAAUCUGAAGUUUCAAUAUCAAAUUAAAUCUUUUUUUAAAUCUUGACUACUGUAUAACCAUGUCAGCAAUUCAAUAAAAGGUGGCCCUUUUAUAUUUGGCAUUGAA